AAGAUUCUAGCUUUUUUUUUUCUUCUAGAGAUAGUUUUUUACUCAGAAGAGCUCGUUAAGAGUUUAUAGUGUUAAGCGAUGAAGAGUGCGUCGACGGAACAAUCAGUUGAGAGAAUCGAAAACGGUCACAAGAAGAAGAGGAACAGACCUCAGAAACAUAUGCGUCGAUCUAAACACAGCUCAGUACCGAUAGAGGAUACACAUGUGGAGGAGUCAUCAGAUGGUAGAACUAGUAGUAGGAGUAAAGCUAAAGAUUCUACUUCUUCAUCGAAGCAGCAGAUAUCGGAUCAUUCUAAUGAACUUGAAGCUAUGAGAGCGUCUAAUGUUGCUUUCAAUUCUAUGCCGCCUAUGCGUUUUGAGGGGCGAGCAGAAACUGGUUGUCCAGGGAGAUCUGAAAGUCCGUUGCUUUCUUCUCCUGAAGUUAGUAAGCAAUUGUUAUCGAAGUCGUGCCCUGAUCCUAGGGCUUGUGAGCAGUCUCCUAGGAUGGAUGGUGACUUGUUCCCGCAAAUUGAAGGUUCCUCUCAGCGAAAGAUUUUCUCUUCACACUGGUCUCUUGAUGCUGUGAGCCAAGCUUUAGAGAAAGGUGAAGCUUUUAAAGCGCUAUUUCGGGUGAAUGCUCAUAAUCGCAAUGAGGCUUACUGUAAGAUCGAUGGAGUCCCUACAGAUAUUCUAAUCAAUGGAAAUGUUGGCCAAAAUAGAGCAGUGGAAGGUGAUAUCGUUGUUAUUAAAUUGGAUCCGCUCUCACUGUGGCCCAAGAUGAAAGGAUUUGUUACUGAAAGUGUUGCUAAGCCUGAAGGAACGAACAGUCCCCCAGAGAAAGAUGACAAAAAUGCUCGACAAAAUAAUGCUGUUGAUGUGGUGGAAGGUUUUGAAGAUGGGUUCUUGGCAAACAACUCUUCAGUUAUAGGACAAGGAACUAAGAACGGUGUUACUCGCAGUUCUUCACAAUUAUUGGAUUCAUGUUUGGGUUCUUUUUGUGAGCAGAAAGGAAAUUGCAGUGUGGUUGAAAAGCUAUGCGGCAUCCUAAGUUCCUUCCCCCACAAACGACCUACGGGACAAGUAGUUGCUGUUGUUGAAAAAUCACUUGUAAGGGAUUCUAUCGUUGGCUUGCUUGAUGUCAAGGGAUGGAUUCAUUACAAGGAAAGUGAUAAAAAAAGGUGCAAGUCUCCUCUGUCUCUUUCUGAUGAUGAAUAUGUCCAACUGAUGCCUGCAGACCCUAGGUUUCCUAAAUUGAUUGUUCCCUUCCAUGUCUUACCUGGAAGCAUUAGAGCAAGACUUGAGAAUUUGGAUCCAACUCUCGAGGCAGAGUUGGUAGCUGCCCAAAUUGUAGACUGGGGCGAAGGGAGUCCAUUUCCCGUAGCCCAAAUUACACAUCUAUUUGGCCGAGGCAGUGAAUUGGAGCCUCAGAUCAAUGCGAUAUUAUAUCAAAACUCGGUUUGCGAGUCUGACUUUUCUCCUGGUUCGCUUACUAGUCUUCCACAUGUGCCUUGGGAAGUACCAGAAGAAGAGGUUCAACGUAGAAAAGAUCUGAGAGACCUGUGUGUAUUAACUAUCGACCCCUCGACGGCUACAGAUCUUGAUGAUGCUCUAUCAGUGCAAAGUUUACCCGGCGGUUUUUUUAGAGUCGGUGUUCACAUUGCUGAUGUUUCCUACUUUGUUUUACCAGAGACUGCUCUUGACACAGAAGCUCAGUUUAGGUCGACAAGUGUUUACUUGCUCCAGAGAAAAGUAUCAAUGUUGCCUCCAUUACUAUCAGAGAACAUAGGUUCACUUACUCCCGGAGCUGAUAGACUUACUUUUUCUAUCUUCUGGGAUUUAAAUAGAGAAGGGGAUGUGAUAGAUCGCUGGAUUGGUCGUACUGUUAUACGGUCGUGCUGCAAGCUUUCAUAUGACCAUGCUCAAGACAUUAUAGAUGGGAAAAGUGAUGGUGCAGAAAAUGGCUGGCCUGCGUUGCAUGGAUCUUUCGAGUGGAGUGAUGUAAUUCGAUCUGUCAAACAGCUUAGUGAGAUUUCUACCACUUUAAGGCAAAGAAGAUUUAGAAAUGGGGCUUUGCAGCUGGAAAAUUCGAAGCCUGUUUUUCUGUUUGAUGAACAUGGAGUUCCAUAUGAUUUUGUGAUGUCUUCUAGAAAGGGUUCAAAUUUUCUUGUUGAGGAGUUUAUGCUCUUAGCAAAUAUGACAGCGGCUGAGGUUAUUUCUCAAGCUUACCCUGCUAGAGCAUUGCUCCGGAGGCAUCCAGAACCAAAUACGCGCAAGCUCAAAGAAUUUGAAGGCUUUUGUUCAAAGCAUGGUAUGGAUUUGGACAUUUCUUCUUCUGGCCAACUCCAGGAGUCAUUGGAGAAAAUCACUGGAAACCUCAAGGAUGACUCAGUUUUUGUAGAUAUUCUGAACAAUUAUGCUAUAAAACCUAUGCAGUUUGCAUCUUACUUCUGCACUGGGAAUUUGAAGGACAGUGUUGCUGAGUGGGGACACUAUGCACUAGCUGUUCCUCUUUAUACUCACUUCACAUCUCCUCUUCGACGGUACCCAGACAUAGUUGUUCAUCGUGCGAUAGCUGCUGCUCUUGAGGCUGAGGAGUUGUACUCAAAGCUGAAGCAAACAUCAAUUGAUGAAGUGGGAAGCUGUUUCACCGGCAUUCAUUUCAAUAAAGAUGCUGCUGAAUCUAUGGAGGGAAAGGAAGCAUUAUCAGUCGCUGCUUUGAAACAUGGUGUUCCCUCCACUGAAAUACUUUCUGAUGUCGCUGCUUAUUGCAAUGAGAGGAAGCUGGCUGCUCGAAAAGUCAGAGAUGCAUGUGAUAAGCUCUACACUUGGUUUGUGCUGAAGAAAAAAGAGGCAAGUAUAUUGGUUUUUCCGUGUGAAGCUAGAGUAAUGAACUUGGGAUCAAGAUUUAUGACUGUUUACAUUAGCAAGCUUGGCAUUGAACGGAGAAUAUACUACGACCAAAUCGAAGGCUUGUGUGCAGACUGGUUAGAUGCAACAUCAACUUUAAUCCUCGAUAUACUAUAUUCCAAGAGAGGUGGAAGAGGCUAUUUCAAGCCCUUGAAGGAAGCUGUCUAUUUGGUGAGUCCUUGUGAUCUAUGUGUUGCAAAAUGCAGCACAUUGUCCGUCCAUGACACCGAGUCAUCAGAAGCUGUGUCAAAAGACAAGGUUGCCCCCGCGGUUUUCCCUUUGACCAUCCAACUUUUCUCGACCAUUCCUGUGGUUCUUCACGCUGUUGGUGGAGAUGAUGGUCCGCUCGAUAUAGGAGCGAGACUCUACAUGAUUAUGAUGUCAAGCAUAGUGCCUGUUGUGCCAAAAAAGACGAGUGGAGCUAGAGAUUUCCGUUUUAUGCCAACAGGGAUUGCAACCAAGGCGCCUAAGACUGAGAAUACCCACGUCCCUAGUGCACUGCAAAGAAGAAAAAUUAAAGUCACUCUCAAGAAAGACAAGAUUGGACCAAAUGUCUUUAGACUCAUGAAGAUUCGGUACUACACAUGGAAGACUAGGAAUAAACUAAGCAAGCAGGCAGCUGUAAAACUGAAUGAAUUCAAGUCAAUGUACCUGGACAUAAAUAGUGUGAUGCUCAAACAAUUUAGCUUCAAAUCCUCUCUUCUCCCAUUUUCGUCUCAUUCCCGACGAAGCUCUUCCAAACUCCAUCGUCCUAUCGGAGCCACCAUGACCACAUUUUCGACUCAGAACGAGUCAACUCAGAAACCCGUCCAGGUGGCGAAACGAUUAGAGAAAUUCAAGACUACGAUUUUCACUCAAAUGAGUAUAUUGGCUGUUAAACACGGAGCGAUAAAUUUAGGUCAAGGCUUUCCCAAUUUCGACGGUCCUGAUUUCGUUAAAGAAGCUGCAAUCCAAGCUAUUAAAGAUGGUAAAAACCAGUAUGCUCGUGCAUACGGCAUUCCUGAGCUCAAUUCUGCUAUAGCUGCGCGGUUUGGUGAAGAUACGGGUCUUGUUGUUGAUCCGGAGAAAGAAGUUACUGUUACGUCUGGCUGCACAGAAGCCAUAGCUGCAGCUAUGUUGGGUUUAAUAAACCCUGGUGAUGAAGUCAUUCUCUUUGCCCCAUUCUACGAUUCUUAUGAAGCGACGCUCUCUAUGGCUGGUGCUAAAAUAAAAGGAAUCACUUUACGCCCACCGGACUUCUCUAUCCCUUUGGAAGAGCUCAAAGCUGCGGUAACUAACAAGACCCGAGCCAUCCUCAUGAACACUCCGCACAACCCAACCGGGAAGAUGUUCACGAGAGAGGAGCUUGAAACCAUUGCAUCUCUCUGCAUUGAAAAUGAUGUGCUUGUGUUCUCAGAUGAAGUAUACGAUAAGCUUGCGUUUGAAAUGGAUCACAUUUCCAUAGCUUCUCUUCCCGGUAUGUAUGAAAGAACCGUGACCAUGAAUUCCCUGGGAAAGACUUUCUCUUUAACGGGAUGGAAGAUCGGCUGGGCGAUUGCACCGCCUCAUCUGACUUGGGGAGUUCGACAAGCACACUCUUACCUCACAUUCGCCACAUCAACACCAGCACAAUGGGCAGCCGUUGCAGCUCUCAAGGCACCAGAGUCUUACUUCAAAGAGCUGAAAAGAGAUUACAAUGCGAAAAAGGAGAUUCUGGUAAAGGGUUUGAAGGAAGUCGGGUUUAAAGUGUUCCCAUCGAGCGGGACUUACUUUGUGGUUGCGGAUCACACUCCAUUUGGAUUGGAGAACGAUGUCGCCUUCUGUGAGUAUCUUAUUGAAGAAGUUGGGGUCGUUGCGAUCCCGACUAGCGUCUUUUAUCUGAAUCCAGAAGAAGGGAAGAACUUGGUUAGGUUUGCGUUCUGUAAAGACGAAGAGACGUUGCGUGGUGCAAUUGAGAGGAUGAAGCAGAAGCUAAAGAGAAAAGUCUGAAGUUUGAAUUAGAAAAUACCUUAUUUUUAUGUUGUUGUGUAACUUGUGUUCCUUCUUCUUCGGUUCCAGACUUUUGAUUAAGCAAAGCAAAUUAAUAAAGUAAAGUUCACGUU